GAAGCCGGCAUUUUUGAUGCCUUAGAUCAUCAACAUCUUCGUGCUGUCAUCUUUGGUAUCUUUCUUGAUCCGAAAGAACCAAAUAAACUUGUGGAAUGCUAUACUUUUAAAGUAUCCUAUCCUAAUGGUGAGCCUUUGCUACGGAUUGAAAAUAAUAAUGGCGAAUUAUUGACAACCGCAGGUGGUGGUCAUGACGUCAUGGCUACCAUGCGUGAAGGAAUCACUCCAUUGCCAGAUAACCGUUAUAUCGUUGUCAAGCUUCACUAUUACGAACAUGUAACACCAGCUGAUUAUGAACCACCAUUCUUUCGCGCUAGUAAUCUUGCUGAAGAAGGUUUUAUAUUUAACUCUCGACCUGAAAAAAUACCAGUCGAUGAUUCUACUAUUGAUAAAAUGUUGGUUGAAUCAAAUGAUACAAUAAAAGAUAACGAAAAAUCUUGGAAUGCUGAAGAUGACUCUGAUUCUGAAGAUGGUCCAAAGGUGACCAAUAUUGACAUUCCUCCGUUAAAGCGAGACCAAUAUAAUGAGCGAUCUGACAGACGAGAAACGUCUGUAGUAUCAAAUGUUCCAACUUUGACUUCUAGGUCAAUGUCCAGAGAUAGGCGAGAAAUGUCAAUAGUAUCAAAUGUUCCGGUUUUGACUUCUAGUUCAAUGUUCAGAGAUAGGAGGGAAAUGUCAACAGUUCCAGCUUUGACUUCUAGCCCAAUGUCCAAAGAUAGGCGAGAAAUGUCAAUAGUAUCAAAUGUUCCGGCUUUGACUUCUAGCUCAAUGUCAAGAGAUAGGCGAGAAACAUCAAUAGUAUCAAAUGUUCCGACUUUGCCACCUAGGGUAACUAGAUCAAUGACAAAAGAUAUUAAUUCUACCAAAGUUUAUGAUAAAAAUGAAAACAUGGCUCAUUCAAAUCGAAGUAAUCAAAACGGAUCAAGAAACGGCAGUAUAACACAACCUAUCGACCACUCGCAUUCGAACAAUGUAGAUAGAAAUCGCUGUUCAACAUCUAUUGUUUCAAGAUCAUCACAACUAAGAACUUAUUCUACACAACGGCGCAGCCAUUCGUCUCCACGUCAAGAUGUGUCCAGUGAGACAAACUAUGUACCUGUAAACUCUCAAAAUUCUCCUGUAAUUAUUGACGAUGAUGAUGAAUCUUCUUCUAACGAAAGCAUGGAUAAUACACUUAAUUAUAAAUGUGAUUGUGGUGUAAAUACUCGUGACGGAGAUAUGAUCAAUUGUGUUAAAUGUAAUACAUGGGGACAUGUUCCUUGUUAUGGAUAUAAAUCUCUCGAUGAUUCUCGCAUGUCAAAAUAUCAUACUUGCUAUCGAUGCCUACGAGAUGAAAAUAACAAUCUUUGGGAAUUAGAUGCUCUUAUAGACUUGGCUUUGUUUCGACGUUCUUUAUGGAUAAUUUGGAAAGAAGGAAUUCCUUCAACUUGUAGACAAUUUGCUCAACGAUUAGGUGUCAAAUUGUCUUGUGCACGUCAGCUUCAGACCCGUCUGAAAACUGAAGGAUUUAUUGCUCCUCCUCCAAGGCCUUCUAAAAGGAAGGGUAAAGCUGUUGUUGGAAGUAGCACUUCUAAUUCAAACAAUCCAUUUGAAGUCAUAAAAACUGAAGAGAAUAUACGCAAAAUGAAUGAUUAUUUUAACCCAGAUAUUGGACUGAUGCCAAUAUCUCCAGAGAACUUUGACGUGGAGGAUGAUUUCCAUGAAGAAAAUCAUGAUAAAUUACAAAAAACUACGUCAGAAUUCGUUACAAAAGAAAACUCUCCACCUGCAUUGUCUCAAGAAUUUACUCCAAUGGAAAUUUCUUUUGAAAAUUCUGCUCCAGCUUCACAAAUUACUAUUAUGGAACCAGAUCAAACAACUGUAACUAAUAUACAAUCGACAUCGUCAUUUCUUGAGAACAGAAUAUCUCAUCAUGAAUCAGAAAAAUCUGAUGACGGACAUAGGAAACAUAAACUACAUGAUAAAAAUUCCGUAGAUGUUGACGCAGAUGAAGAAGAUCAAGGCCUCAAGAAAAGAAAAGUUUCUAUUAGUAUCGGACAUAUUGCU